UAUCCUUCCUAUUCCCGGAUUUGCCGCUUUCUUCUUCUUCCUCUUCUUCUUUCUCUCUCUCUCUCUCUCCGAAUUGCCUUUUUAAAGUUUUCUCCUUUCUACGCAAAAAGCAAACGCAGAUCUUAAUGCAGCUACUGUGAUUUCGAUUUCUGGGUACUGUAAAAUUUUGGUGAUUGGAUUGGUUCUUCUCCGUUUGAUCAGCAUCUGGGUUUUUGGAAAGCAUUGUUAUUACUUCCACUGAUUCAAACAUGUGGAAGUUCAAACCGUUUGCCCAGAAAGAACCUGCGGGUCUCGAAGGACGAUAUCUCGAAAUAGGAAACCUUAAAGUUCAGGUAAGAAACGUCAUUGCGGAAGGAGGUUUCUCCAGCGUUUACUUAGCUCAAGACACAAAUCACGCGUCAAAGCAAUACGCUUUAAAGCACAUCAUAUGCAACGACGAGGAGUCGCUAGAACUUGUAAUGAAGGAGAUCUCGGUUCUGAAAUCUCUGAAAGGACAUCCCAAUGUCGUCACACUCUACGCACACGGUAUCUUGGAUAUGGGGAGGAACAAAAAAGAAGCUCUUUUGGCUAUGGAGUUUUGUGGUAAAUCUCUUGUGGAAGUGCUUGAGAACAGAGGUGCUGGCUACUUUGAAGAGAAACAAGCUCUUGGGAUCUUCAGAGAUGUGUGUAAUGCUGUCUUUGCAAUGCAUUGCCAAUCACCACGCAUUGCUCACAGAGACUUGAAGGCUGAGAAUCUUCUAUUGAGCUCUGAUGGACAGUGGAAGUUAUGCGAUUUCGGAAGCGUUUCAACAAAUCACAAGGUAUUCGAAAGGGCAGAAGAGAUGGGCAUUGAAGAAGACAAUAUUAGGAAACACACAACCCCAGCAUAUAGAGCUCCUGAGAUGUGGGAUCUCUUUCGAAGGGAGAUUAUAAGCGAGAAGGUCGAUAUAUGGGCUCUUGGAUGUCUUUUAUUUCGGAUAUGCUAUUUCAAGAAUGCAUUUGAUGGAGAAUCAAAGCUACAGAUUUUAAAUGGGAACUAUCGUAUACCAGAAUCGCCUAAAUACAGUUCCUCUGUUACGGAUCUCAUCAAAGACAUGUUUCAAGGCUCACCUGAUGAACGACCAGAUAUUACACAGAUUUGGUUUCGUGUCAACGAGCAGCUUCCAGCUAAUUUACAGAAGUCAUUACCUGAUCGACCACCGGAAAUGCAAUCUACUGGAGUCCAUGAUGGUUCUUCAAAAUCAGCAAAUAAAUCUUCUCCGGGACCUAGUAGAACUCCGCCACCGCCACCAUCUUCUGGAGAAUCAGCUAGUGGAGGACCGCUUGGUGCCUUUUGGGCAACUCAGCAUGCUAAAACCUCGGUUGUAUCAGAAGACAACAAAAGCAUGCCUAUAUUUGAUGAACCAAACAGCCACAACAGUAACACAUUUAAAUCCGAAAGAGUUCGUGUGGAAAGUCAUCAUCCCAAAAAGCCAAGUCCGAUGAGAGGAGAGGCUCGUGGUACGCAAAGAAAUAAAGAUUUUGAGUCUACGGUUUCUCAGAAGGAUUCGAGUCCUGCUGCUACCAAUAACAGGGCAAGAGUCUCGAAAGACGACGCUUUUAACUCUUUUGUUGCCGACUUUGAUACCACGAAGCUUGAUAAUGGUUAUAAACCUGCAAAAGAGGAGGCUUUGGAGGCUGAGAUAGAGAGGUUAAAAGAAGAGUUGAAGAAAACAAAUUCAGAGAAGGCUGAGAUAACGGCGAAAUUUGAAAAGCUUUCUGCUAUCUGCAGAUCGCAGAGGCAAGAGUUGCAGGAUCUUAAGCAUACACUUGCCUCUAAAACUGUGACAUCAUCACCGAGCAGAGACUUUUCACAAAACCAAAGCUCUCCAGGGAUGUGUUCCAUAUCAUCAACUCCAUCGAGAGACAAGGUGGAAGGAACCAUGUGGGAACUUCAGCAAGACAGAUCUAAUUGGUCAACGGGAAGCUCGGAUCCAAAUUCAUGGCAACCUUUUAGCGAUGAACCAAAACCCGUGCUGGAAUCUGUAUCAAAGGGUAACAACAAUACCUUUAAUCAGUCUGUGAGAACCAAGAGUAAACCAGCUUCUUCUGCUCCUGCUCCAGCAAGCCAAGGUACUGAGCCAUGGGGUUUCGAGACAGAAUCGUUUAGAGCUGCUGCAACAUCUUCAGCUUCAGCUUCUGCAUCUUCAACACAAAGAUCUGUAAGUUCUGGAAACACUGCACAACGGUUUGGGAACUCAAAGAUGAGAGAUAACCAGAAAGCUGCUCAACCUGCUGGAUGGGCUGGCUUCUAAAAAUACUCACUUCUAUCAGUUCUCCAUUGCUAUUCCUGUUACAAGAACAGCUUCUUCUUACUAUUACAGAAUCUUAUUUGUAGAUGAUGAUCAUCCUCUGUUUUUCUGUGCUGCUAAAUAUAUCCACUAUUUCUGUAGAUUGUUUAAAACUUUACAGAUCUUGUUUUUGCGGAAUGUAUAACGCAUUUCUGA